UGGAAAUUCAUCCGACAGCAAGCAGGAAAAGCGUCCGAAAAUGGCAAACCCGAGAAAGUUUAGCGAGAAAAUUGCACUGCACACGCAAAAGCAGGCGGAAGAGACGGCCGAGUUCGAGCGGAUCAUGCGGGAAGUGUUGGACGUGACGUCGAAGGCGUCUAAGAGUGCCAACCUGUCACCGACGACGGGCACCUUGGGCACGUUUCGAGGCGGUUCCCUGCCCAACGUCAAUAAUGAAAACAAACAGUACCAGGAAAAGACGGACGAUGGUUCUAAUUUAACAGAACUGAAACCGUACUCGCAACCGGAGACGGUAAAGGUGAAAAAGGAAAUAGCUCCCAAAGCCAGUACACCAAGCCACACGCGCGAGUCAAGAGGUAAAGAAGGUCGAACACCCGGUGGUCCUAUGCGUAAUCGACAGGCGAGUCGAAACCAUGACACGUCCCCGUACGGCAACAGUACGGUUCAUUUGAUUCCUCCGAUGGAAAACAACUGGCACCGUUCGAUCUCGGAUUCAGCAAUCCAUCAGAGUCUCUGUCAAAAUCAGCAGCAAGACGGCACCCUUCUUACCACUCACUCACCCCUAACGCUAAGCCCAACAGUGCAAAGAAAGAUUUCAAAUGCUCAACACAUUUCGAAAGUACACAACAACCACAUGACCAACAAUCAUCAUAAUCACCAUCAUCAUCACCACCAUCAUCCCAGUAAUCAUCACGACAAUGGAUCGACGCAAGACAUACGGUCACGCUCCUCUACCGCCCUGCCGAGGUUACCCGGAAUCAACAUCUAUCCAUCGCAAAACCACCCGGACAGUAUACAGAUUCCGAUACCGAGCAACACUGGAUCGCUACCAGAUUUGACCUCCGUCGGAUAUCCCUCCAUGUAUCCAGCAACGUUGGACCAAGAGUACGAUCCAAAUGGACAAAAUCAUAGCUACUGUCCGAGUCCCCUUGGUACAUCACCCUCGUCGCUUUCACCAACCUCUGCCAUUCAGAAUCAUCAUCACCAUCCACACCCGAGAGCCAACAGUUUCAGUGGUGGCGUCAGCGGAAGCAGCGCAGGUGGUGGGAAUGGCUCUGCUGGUGGUGGUGGUGGCGGUGGUGGUAACGGCGUUGGAUACCCCAUUCCUACUAGCCAUUCGAACAGUGGUUCCGUCAGUCCCACGGGUAGCGGUAUAAGCUGUAGUCCCAGUGCGUCGGUAGCCCCGAUCGCGAUCAAUAAUGUGAAUAUGGGAAAUGCUGUUAAUCACAACAAUGGCGCAAAUCUUAACAAUGGCAUUAAGGGGAAGAAAACUAAACCACAAACCAUCUCUAGUCAGCCUUUUUUAUCUGUACCAGAUAGUAAUAGAUAUUCGUUUAUGUCGAAGGUCAACAAUACUUAUGACACUAACCAGCAGCAACAGUCAGUGCAACAGCAUCAACAACACCAGCAACCGCAAGCACAGUCUCCACAGCAGCAGCAGCAGCAGCAGCAGCAAGCACAACAGCAGCAACGAAUACCAACCCUCGAUCAGAUAAGCUACGAUAGCUUUACUCAGAUCACCGACGGUCUGGCGUCGCCAAACCAGAACUCUCCCGAAAGCAUACUGUAUGGAUCUCAUGGAAAUAUGUCCCCGCAAAUUCUGUCUGACUACCGAACUCGACCUAGUCCCGGUUCCAGUCCUGGACUUGCGUUAGUGAAUAAUCCUGAUUCCAAUUCCAGUGCCCCCUGCAGUCCAGUGUCCCACACUGUGGGAAGCAACAAUGGACCAAGCUACGAUAAAUAUCCGACUAGUGACGUUUACGUGCAAAACACCCUACCACAGUAUUUGGAGCACAUAACACUGGGUGACACCGAUUUUACUACGAAUCAAAUGGUCUUCAGUGGGUUUGAUGAAACCUACCUGACGAUGAACAAUAGCCUUGGUAUACGAACUCACACCGGCCAUGGUAAUGGCCAUUCCCAAGUCCCGCAGAAUACGACGCAACAGACGAACCAGCUUAACUCGAUGAACUGUCAAAAUAUGCAGAAUAUGCAGAAUAACAGCAUGAACAAUAUGUUCAACGGAACGACGGAACCCCUGCUCAGUCUGCCCAACACACAAUCGCUUAUCGAGCCGCAAACACCUACGAUACCGGAGAUCGUGUUUACUGAUUAUUCAACCAGGGACGAUUUUGAAGCUGAUCUUGGGCUUGGUCAUAUGGACUUUCAAAGCAUUCAAAUGCUCUCCGACACCAGCACGAUGAUUGAUCCGAUGGACGAGGACAGUUUUCGACGAGACUUACAGUAG